ACAUGUUUCACUGAUAGGAAACUCCGGAGGGAGCUGGAAUCAAUCUGUUGCUCUCUCACAACUUGAAGACUGACACUCAGAGGAGCUGAGAUCUGGAAGACUCCAAAUGUGGUGGGUUUUAGCGACAACAUGUUGUAUGUUUCUUCCUGGACCCAUAUAUGGCCAUAUUCAAGAGAUCAUCACAAAUCCUGAAGCCAAUAUGAACAUUAGUGAAAUUAUUUCUUACUGGGGCUAUCCUUAUGAAAGGCAUGAUGUUGUAACAGAGGAUGGUUAUAUCCUUGGAACUUACCGGAUUCCUCAUGGGAAAGGAUGCUCAAGGAAAGCAGUUCCAAAGGCAGCUGUGUAUCUGCAGCAUGGCUUAAUUGCAUCCGCCAGUAACUGGAUUUGCAACCUGCCCAACAACAGCUUGGCUUUUCUUCUGGCCGAUAGUGGUUAUGAUGUGUGGUUGGGGAACAGUCGAGGAAACACCUGGUCCAGAAAACACCUGCGACUGUCACCUAAGUCACCGGAAUACUGGGCCUUCAGUUUGGAUGAGAUGGCUAAAUACGAUCUUCCAGCUACAAUCAAUCUGAUCUUAGAGAAAAGUGGACAGAAGCAACUCUUCUAUGUGGGCCACUCGCAGGGCACCACCAUAGCGUUCAUAGCAUUCUCGACGAACCCAGAGCUGGCUAAAAAGAUCAGAAUGUUUUUCGCGCUAGCUCCAGUGGUCACAGUAAAAUACACUCAAAGCCCAAUGAAAAAAUUAACCACCCUUUCCAGGAAAGCUGUCAAGAUAUUAUUUGGUGACAAAAUGUUCUCCACACACACGUGGCUCGAACAAUUCAUUGCUACCAAAGUGUGCAACCGGAAGUUAUUCCGUCAGCUAUGCAGCAACUUCCUGUUUUCUCUAAGUGGAUUUGAUCCCCAAAACUUAAACAUGAGUCGCUUGGAUGUUUAUAUGGCACAGAGUCCUGCAGGAACAUCUGUUCAGAACAUGCUGCACUGGGCCCAGGCUGUCAAUUCUGGUCAACUCCAAGCUUUUGACUGGGGCAAUCCUGACCAGAACAUGAUGCACUUCAACCAGCUUACCCCACCUGUGUAUAACAUCAGUAAGAUGCGAGUCCCAACAGCAAUGUGGAGUGGGGGACACGAUGUUGUGGCAGAUGAAAAGGACACUAAGAACCUGCUCCCUAAAGUUGCCAACCUUAUCUACUACAAGGAGAUCCCACACUACAACCACAUGGACUUUUACCUCGGACAGGACGCCCCCCAGGAAGUUUACCGAGACCUAAUUAGAAUGAUGGAAGAAUCUUUGCAAAAUUAAUGGCACUCUAUUUUUGUAAGCAGGUGGGUGUCUUGUGGUAAUAAUAAGACAGACGCUCCAAUGACACCUCAGUCAUUCUCAACUUGUAUUAUCUCCUCUUUUCUGUGAGGAAGAGAAGAUGUAGUCAACAGCAUUUGCAAAGUUGACAGAGGCCAUACCCCCUGGCUAGGUGAUUCUAUUUGGCAAAGGUGAAGGAAUACAAUUACUUCCUUCAUUAUAAAACACAGCAUUACGUUUAAGAAUUCUAAAGCAUGAGCUACUUUUACAAACAGAUGUAAUGAGGAUGUUCACAUCCACAAGGAACAGCGAAUGGUUUCUCAGAUCUGAGAAUGAUCUCUGGCCAAUAAGCAGCAAAGAUCAGGACCUUCGACCCCUCUACAACGUCUGCUUGAGUGCAGACGCCCAUUACUUUGUACUCAAGCUUCCCACUGGGAAAGCAGCCUGGAUUGCAACCUGUGAAACCCAGGGCAGAGGCCUCCAGGUAUAACAUGCCUACAUUCCUGAGCUCCAAAACACUGGUAUCAUAAAUAUGCUCGAUUUUAAAUUGUCAACUUUAUUCUAAUCUGUUGUCAUCAAUAAUAAGGUGCCAAACCUUAAGAUAUAGCAAGUAUAUAAUAAAUGUAAUACUUGAUCCUAUUAAUUAUAUAGUGAUAUUAAUACCACAAUUUAAAGCAUUAUAAUCUUAUAAUUAUGUAAUACUGUAUUACGUGUAACAAUAUAUUUAUUGCAGUAUAUUAUAUGUUGUUAUGUAAUUGGUUG